ACAUCGUCCACGUCGGACCAAAAAGGGUAAAGGUAGAGAGAGAGAGUAGCCGAAGCCAGCUUGAAGCUGAUGACAUACUUCAGAGCCUCUUCAAACCCGUCUUCUCUCUCUCUCUCUCUCUCUCUCUCUCUCUCUCUCUCUCUGUAAUGGCGACUUUCCCCUUGUAAUCGUUAGGGUUUCAGAAGAACCAGAACUUCUAAAUUACUUGGUUUCUGAAAACAAACAGAAAAACACUUCACAGGUGCGUCUCUUUCGUUUCUGAACCGCUUGAUAUCAACUUUAGGUCAGUCAACGUUUUUGAUUUGAGACACAGCGAAAGUUUGUUUGGGUUCUUUGUUGACCCUCUGUUUGGUUGCUGAGAAAACAGUGAAGUGUGAAGGAAAAUUAAAUUCUGGGUUCUGUGUGUGCCCUUUGAAGCAGCUGAAAUUAAUCUUUGCCUUGUGAGAUUGCCUUAUCUUUUUACUUCAGAUUAGUUUUGUGGAAAGGGCAUGCCAAUAUGUGUGAGAUGGUGGAAAUAUCUAGAGUAGGGAUCGCUGGGUUGUGUUGAAUUCUUUGGUUCUUGCGAAUUGAAUUCAUAAAGGAAAUUUUCUAUUUUUAGUUCCUGGUUUGAGGCAUCCAAGUUGAAUUGCAAAAUUUUAUUUGGCUAGGUGCAUGUGGGAUACUGCAAUGUCAUAUGAUCUGCCUCUUGCUCUGAUCGGCCCACUUGAUAUUCUCAUAAAAAUUUGUAACUUUUGAGGUCUUGGACUUCUGAAUCUGUUUACAUUUGGGAAUUAGGGGAAUGGAGAAAAUUUGUGAAUUCUGCGCGGCAUUAAGGCCAGUUGUUUAUUGUAAAGCGGAUGCAGCUUAUCUCUGCCUCUCCUGCGAUGCAAAGGUCCAUUCAGCAAAUGCUCUUUCCAACCGACAUUUUCGAACCCUACUAUGUGAAUUUUGCAGGCACCGUUCUGCUUAUGUUAGAUGUUUGGAUCAUCGAAUGUUUAUGUGCCGUGGCUGUGACCGGAAUCUGCAUGAAAUCUCUUCCCAACAUCAAAAGCAAGUGAUCAGCAAUUACAUGGGAUGCCCUUCCGCUAAGGAUUUUGCUGCAUUAUGGGGUUUUGAAUUGAAUGAAUUGGACAAUGGUGCUUUUCAAGAUCAAAUUUUAUCCACCCCACAUCGUUCAGUGGAGUCAGUAAUCACAAAUUUGCGCACUCCAACACAAUCUAGCUCACAAUUAGGCAGUUCUUCAUUGGUUUCUAGCCUGAGAACCACAACUUUGGUCUUUGGUGUAGAAUCAGAAGGGGGCUCGAGCAGUCGACAUUGUAAGGGAGACUACAAAAGUAAACAGCAGCAAAAUAGUGAAAAUACCAACUUUAUUCUGCAACAAAUCCUUGACCUGAAAAGGCUUCAGCUUGGUGAGGGGAAGAACAGUUCAUCUUUGAUGCGUGGCCAGAAACAAGCUGAAGUAUCUUUAUCUAAAUUCAAUACUUUGCAAAAACUUAAUGAAGACCUUGAUCAGCAUUUGCAAAAUUUAUCUGCCCUCGGCACUGAUCACCAGCAAUUGGAAAGUUCACAACAUGAGCCAAAAGUAGAGUUUCCUUUGCCAUUUUCCCAACUGGAGAACUUACCUGGCUCUUCAACCGCUGCAAUUCCUUCCAAUGCAGACUCAUUUUGGCAAUGUAAAAGUCCAGUUCAGAGUAAUGAGCUCUGGUCUCAAAAUUUGCAAGAUCUUGGAGUUUGUGAAGAAGUUGAUGUCUAUGACGAUUUCAAUAUGCCAGAUGUUGAUAUAACAUUCAGAAACUUCGAAGAACUAUUUGGAGGUGAUCAAGAUCCAACCAGAAUGUCUAUUGAGGAUAAAUAUGUUGUGAGCUCAUCCAUGGAGAAGGAUGCAUCUUUUGAUAUGUCAGAAAAUUUCUAUACAAAAGUAAUGGAGGAUACAUCAGUGGUUUCUUCAGUAAAUAUCAGUCAGGCAUUUCAUGCUGAUGGAAACAGUAGUCCUAUCCAAGCUCAUCAUGAUUCUGGAAGCAUGGGUUCUCCUCAUCCAAUUAGGCCUUAUUCACCUUUGUCAUUUUCUUUUUCAAGGCUCAGUGCCAAAAGCAGUGGUACUGAUUAUCUUGAUGGUGGACUUUCACCAUUCCUCACAAGAGGAGAACCUCUGAGUAAUUCUUCUUCCAUGGAGAGUGCACACUCAGAAGCCAGAGAAAAUGCUGUGAUGAGAUACAAAGAGAAGAAAAAGGUACGAGAAAAGAAUUCGUUAUGCAUCUCGGAAAGUUAGAGCUGAUGUCCGUAAGCGGGUAAAAGGCCGAUUUGUGAAGGCAGAAGGCUAUGAAUCAGACACUAUCAAUGAGACAAGAAGUUAUUGAUCCUGUCCCCUACUUUAUGCGUCCACCGGUUGAUUUUGUACAGAUGACAAGUGUAUCCAUAUCUGCUGUACACUUGUUCAAACUUCAAUUCAACCAAUUCUUUCAUCCUAACAUUUAAACAUAGUGUUUCAUUUCUAGCAGAGCAACAACUACAUCUUGUGGUUUGGUAUCUGUAAAAGUUAUAUACUGAAUACCUGUGACAUGAAUUUCAAAUUAUUUCUCAGAGUUUCUUGUGAUA